AUGACAGAGACCGGAGACCGUAGACCAAACCUUCGGGCCUCUCGCAUGGCGUUUCUCGAUUCUCCUAUGUUGAUGAAGCUCGUGGUCUUCUUUUCAUCUACUCUUUUUGUGAUCACUACAGUGAACUCGGAAACACAAUGCCGGAAUUUCAAGUCGAUCAUCAGCUUCGGCGAUUCGCUUGCCGACACCGGAAACUUGCUCGGUCUCUCUGAUCCUAACGCUCUUCCACACGUCGCGUUUCCUCCGUACGGAGAGACCUUCUUCCACAAACCGACCGGCCGUUUCUCUGACGGCCGCCUCAUCAUCGAUUUCAUCGCUGAAUUCUUGGGAUUUCCGCUUGUGCCUCCUUUUUACGGAUCUAAAAAUGCAAACUUUGAGAAAGGAGUCAAUUUCGCGGUGGGUGGAGCAACGGCAAUGGAACGUUCUGUUCUUGAGGAGAGAGGGAUUAAUUUUGCUUACACCAAUGUCAGUUUAGGUGUUCAGCUUACGAGCUUCAAAGAGAGUUUGCCUAAACUCUGUGGCUCUCCUUCAGAGUGCAGAGAUAUGAUCGAAAAUGCUUUGAUUCUCAUGGGAGAAAUUGGAGGGAAUGACUAUAACUACGCAUUCUUCGUGAGCAAACCCGUUGAUGAGAUCAAAGAGAUGGUUCCACUGGUGAUCACCACUAUUUCUUCUGCAAUCAAGGAGUUGAUUGGUAUGGGGGGAAGAACAUUUCUGGUUCCCGGAGAUUUCCCACUGGGAUGCUCAGUGACGUAUCUGACACUAUAUCAAACCACAAACACGGAAGCAUAUGAUCCUCUAACAGGAUGUUUGACAUGGCUAAACGAGUUUUCACAAUACUACAACAAGCUGCUUCAGGAAGAGUUAGUCAAACUCAGGAAGCUUUACCCUCACGUCAACAUCAUAUACGCAGACUACUACAACUCUGUGUCACGCCUCUUCCAAGAACCAACCAAAUAUGGGUUUGAGGCCAGACCUUUGCCCGCUUGCUGCGGUUUGGGAGGAUCUUACAACUUUACAUUUGGUGAAAAAUGUGGGUUUGAAGGAGUUGAAGCUUGUAAUGAUCCUUCAAAGUAUGUGAAUUGGGACGGUGUUCAUUUGACUGAGUCUGCCUACAGAUGGAUAGCUGAGGGUUUGCUUAAGGGACCCUAUGCGUUUCCUCCUUUCGAUUGGUCCUGCCUCACCUCUGAAAUCAAGAACAUUGGAUCAUCUGAUACUCACAGUAUUCUUUGA